CAACUCAGAGCAGAGGAGGGAGGAGAGACGGGAGAGAAAACGCCCUGGAAACUUGGUUGUUCGAGAAAUAGGAAAAGAGUGACAGAAUCUUAACAGACUGUAAAGUUGUGACUGGAAAAAGUGCUUUCUUGGGCUGGGGAGAAGGAGACAGGACACGUUUUCAAGGAUGCUCAAGUUGGUGUGAGGCUUCUUGGGCGCAAAGACUGCGCACAGAAGCCAAGAAUACAAGAACCACAGCAUCAGACUGGAGGCCUUGGCCUUGCUUGAGCAAUCCAAGGAUAACCAAGAUAGAGUUUCCAACACACCAGGACUUAAAUAAAGAAAAGCAAAAACAAGAUGGCUGAAGAAGAGGAAACCAGAGAGGUGCUCUUUCCUGAUUGGGAGGGUCCAGACAAAACUGGCUUGACAAUUGAACAAAGUGGAGGAGAGCUUUUUGUCAAGGAGGUAAAAGGAGAGUCACCUGCAGCACGCUCUGGACAAGUAUAUGAAGGUGACCAGAUUGUGGGCGCCACUGUCUACUUUGAUAACAUGAGCUCAGAAGAAACAGCUGAGCUACUGAAGACAUUGAACCGCCACAAGGUUGGACUGAAACUGCAAAACAAAGGAGACAAAUCGCCUUGCUGCUCGCCCUUGAGCACACCAUGUCGUUCACCAAUCGGCACCCUGACAUGGGAAGGGAAGACCCGGUUUGGAGGUUCCAGUCCAGACAUCAUCCUUGGUGGGGAGGAUGAAGACUACAAGAGAAUAUACAAAAAAAAGAUUAAACCAAGGCUGAAGUCUGAAGAUCUUGCAGAAGGAGUAGAUGUUCGCACAGAGCGGCAUAGCAGCACAAGCACCGAUGGCAGCACAGUUACUACCAUCACCCGCCGCAUCACUACUUACACCGUGGAUAUGCCGGGUGGCACAAGUGAGCAACUUGAACUUUCAAGCCCAGAGUUCAAGGGGCUUAGGCACGAAUCUGGUGAUGGCGCUCCUCAUAUCACAAUAUCACCAGGCAGCCCUUCAGGUAAAGUGGGAGAAGAAGAGAGAGUUUUUGAGUCAAGCAAUGUCUCUUACACUGGACCACAAGUUGGCUCCACAGAUAAACAAUGGGGCAUUGGGGGAGUCCAGACCACAACAACUGCAGGAGAGGUAGAAGGUCUCAGAUUUAAAGGGCCUAACUUUGGAGUAUCAGGGGGUAAAGGCCAGGGAGGCUUUGAGAUCUCAAGAGGGAGUAAAGAACAAGGUGAUGGAAGCAUUCAGGUGUCAGGAACAAGCAUGGCAAUAAGAGACAGCACAAACACUGGUAGUAGGCAUGUUACAAUAGGAGGGUUUGGAGGUGGAGAGGUAACCUCAAAUGAUGAGAAUAGAGAGUCAAUUAGUCAGUCUUUACCAGGAAAAACCAUCAGUCACCCGCAGGCAAAGGGAUCAGGCAGUUUUGAUACUUCAAACGUCAGACUUGGUGGAGGUUCCAUAGGUAUUGAUACUGAAUUAAGAGGUGGCAGGAUAGGAGGAUCAGCAUUAAAAGAAGGCAAUGUUACCUCAGGACCAGGCAAGAUUUCAAUGGCAGGUGUGGAUGUCAACCUUACAGGUUCAAAGUUCAAAGGUGAGGUUGAUGUCAACCUGCCAAGCACAAAGGGAGGAAUAACAGCAUCUGGAAUAGACAUUGAAGUUCCAGGCUAUGAAAAGGAGGGCACUGUGAGUGGUAUAAAAACAAUCAAGAUGCCUGUGCCUGGAAGUGCUGAAGUUAAAUUCAGCAGUGAUGCAGGUAUGUCAGUACCUGUAACUAAUGAAAAGGUGCAAAAACAAGAACUAGACAUCAAAGGGACAGCUAUGAAGAUCCGAGGUCCAAGUGCUAACAUUGAAGGACCAGUUGUCAAUUCAAGACUUUCAGAGGCUGACUUCAAAGCACCUGAAAUCAACUCAAACAUUCAAACUAAAGUUCCAAAGAGUGAUAGCAAAUAUAAAAUGGAAGUGUCUAAGGUUAAAAUUCCAUCUGUAUCUGGACCAGAUAAAGAUGUGAACCUGAGCAGUUCCAAGGUAGAUGGAAAUAUUAAUGUAACAGUGCCAAAGACUAAGGGAGAAAUAAAGGCAGCCAACAUAGACAUUAAAGGUCCAGCUAUAAAUAUUAAGGGAAAAGAAGGAGAUUUUAAAAUGCCGCAGAUAAAUAUACCAUCAUUUGGGGCCAAGGGAACAAAAGUUGAUGUAAUAGCUCCUGAGGUUGACAUUAAAGCACCAGAAGUUGAUGGUGGGAAUUCUGAUGUAAAAAUGGAAGGAGUGAAAAUCAAGAUGCCAUCCAAAACAGGACCCACAAUGUCAGAAUGGGGUAUCAGUCUGAAAGGAAGUAAGGUGAAGGGAGAUGUGGAUGUAUCAGUUCCAAAGAUUGAGGGACACACAACAAAAUCUAAAGUUGAGAUCAAAGGACCAGAAGUUCAAAUUGAAAGGCCUAAAGGUGGAUUUGAGAUGCCUGGAAUCAAAAUUCCAACAUUUGGCUUUACAGGUCCUAAGGUGGAAGCUACUGAUGUUGAUGCAAAACUUACCAAACCUGAAAUUGAUGUCAAGGCACCUGAGGUUGACAUUAAAUCAUCCAAAGUUAAUGUUGAAAGCCCAGAUGUAGACAUAAAAGCUCCCAAAGUGGAUAUUGAUAUUGAGGGACCUAAAGGUAGAUUCAACCAGUCAAAAUUUGAAAUGCCCUCAAUUGGCCUGAAAAGUCAGAAACUUGAAGGUGAUGUGGCUGUGUCCGUACCAAAGAUUAAAGGAGACAUAACAACACCUGCUGUUGAUAUCAAAGGUCCACAGGUUGUUAUUGACGGUACGAAAGGUGGAUUUGAAAUGCCUAAAAUCAAAAUUCCAUCUUUUAGCCUGAAAGGUCCAAAGGAUGAAGGUCCAGAUGUUGAUAUUAACCUCCCAAAGGCUAACAUCAAGGGGAAAGCACCUGAAGUUGAAAUCAAAGGGCCUAAGGGUAGAUUUGAUGUUGACAUUCAAGGGCCAGGAGUUGACAUUGAAGCACCGAAAGCAAAACUCAAAGGAGCCAAAUUCGACAUGCAAACCACAACAGGACCAAAGAUCUCCACGCCAAAUGUGGAUUUCCAUCUGGGAGGUCGGGAACACAAAGGUGAUGUGAAAGUUACCCUCCCAAAGGCUGGCAUUGAUGUGAAAGCAACUGGCAUUGACAUUAAAGCUCCACAGGUUGACAUUGAAGGCCCUGAUGCAAAAAUCAAAGGACCCAAUGUCAAGAUACAAACCAUAAAAGGAUCAAAGAUGCAAGAUUCUGACAUUAAACUAAAAGGUCCUAAAGUCAAGGGAGAUGUGGAUGUUUCUGUUCCAAAAAUUAAAGGCAAUUCAAAAGCUCCUGAGAUGGAUAUUGGAGGACCAAAUGUUGACAUGGAGGGCCACACAGGUGGAUUUAAAAUGCCUAAAUUUAAAAUUCCAUCAUUUGGCAUCAAGGGUCAAAAAGUAGAAGGUCCAGAUGUUGAUGUAAACCUUUCCAAAGCAAACAUUGACACGAAAGCACCCGGCGUUGAAAUUAAAGGGCCGGACGUUGAUAUUGAAGGACCAAAUGCAAAUCUCAAAGGAUCCAAAUUCUCCAUGCCAGAUAUGGAUUUUAAAGUCAAAGCUGAUAUGGAUAUGUCAAUGCCAAAGAUGGAAGGAGACACAAAAACACCUGAAGUAAACAUUAAAGGUUCAAAGGUUAAUAUUGAAGGAACAAAGGGUGGAUUUGAAAUGCCUAGAAUCAAGAUGCAAUCCUUCCCCAUUAAAGGUCCAAAAGUUCAGGGUCCAGAUGUGGAUCUAAACCUUCCCAAAGCUAACAUUGACACAACAAUGCCUAAAGUAGACAUUAAAGCUCCAGAGAUUGAUGUUAAAGGUCCUGAUGCAAAACUGAGAGGACCCAAAAUCAAACUGCCAUCAAUAUCAGGACCCAAGCUGCCACACUGGGAUGUGAGUCUGAAAGGGCCAAACAUGAAGGGAGAUGUUGAUGUGUCAGUUCCAAAGAUCGAAGGAGACAUACAAUCUCCCAGAGUGGAUAUUGAAGGACCAGACAUUGACUUUGACGGCGACAAAGGAGGAUUCAAAAUGCCCAAAUUGAAAAUGCCAUCCUUUGGGAUGAAAGGUCCAAAUGUUGAAGGGCCAGAAGUUGAUGUCACACUACCAAAAGCUGAAAUUGAUAUUAACGCCCCUGACUUAGAUAUCAAAGGACCAGGCUUUGACAUGGAGAUGCCAACCAUUUCAGGAACAAAACUCUCCAUAUCAGAUAUGGACUUCAACGUCAAAGAUCCCAAAAUGAAAGGCGAUAUGGAUAUGUCAGUGCCCAAGAUAACAGGAGACAUUAAAACACCUGAAGUUGACAUCAAAGGUCCAGAAGUUGAUAUUAAAGGCCCAAAGGGUGGAUUUGAAAUGCCUAAAAUCAAAAUGCCAUCAUUUGGUUUCAAAGAUCCAAAAGUGGAGGGUCCAGAUGUGGAUAUAAACCUUCCUAAAGCUAACAUUGAUGUCAAAGCAACUGACUUUGACAUCAAAUGUCCACAGGUUGAUAUCGAAGGUCCGAAAGGUGGAUUUGAAAUGCCUAAAAUCAAAAUGCCAUCAUUCGGCUUCAAGGGUCCAAAAGUGGAGGGUCCAGAUGUUGAUAUAAACCUUCCUAAAGCUGACUUUGAUGUUAAAGCACCUGAUGUUGACAUUCAAGGACCAAACUUUGAUAUUGAAGGUCCUGAUGCAAAACUGAGAGGACCCAAUAUCAAACUGCCAUCACUAUCAGGACCCAAGCUGCCACACUGGGAUGUGAGUCUGAAAGGGCCAAACAUAAAGGGAGAUGUUGAUGUGUCAGUUCCAAAGAUCGAAGGAGACAUAAAAGCUCCCAGGGUGGAUAUUGAAGGACCAGACAUUGACGUCCACAAAGGAGGAUUUGAAAUGCCUAAAAUCAAAAUUCCAUCAUUUGGUUUCAAAGGUCCAAAAGUGGAGGGUCCAGAUGUGGAUAUAAACCUUCCUAAAGCUGACUUUGAUGUUAAAGCACCUGACGUUGACAUUAAAGGACCAAACUUUGAUAUUGAAGGUCCUGAUGCAAAACUGAGAGGACCCAAAAUCAAACUGCCAUCACUAUCAGGACCCAAGCUGCCACACUGGGAUGUGAGUCUGAAAGGGCCAAACAUAAAGGGAGAUGUUGAUGUGUCAGGUCCAAAGAUCGAAGGAGACAUAAAAGCUCCCAGGGUGGAUAUUGAAGGUCCAGAAGUUGAUAUUAAAGGUCCAAAGGGUGGAUUUGAAAUGCCUAAAAUCAAAAUGCCAUCAUUUGGUUUCAAAGGUCCAAAAGUGGAGGGUCCAGAUGUGGAUAUAAACCUUCCUAAAGCUGACUUUGAUGUUAAAGCACCUAACGUUGACAUUAAAGGACCAAACUUUGAUAUUGAAGGUCCUGAUGCAAAACUGAGAGGACCCAAAAUCAAACUGCCACCAAUAUCAGGACCCAAGCUGCCACACUGGGAUGUGAGUCUGAAAGGGCCAAACAUAAAGGGAGAUGUUGAUGUGUCAGUUCCAAAGAUCGAAGGAGACAUAAAAGCUCCCAGGGUGGAUAUUGAAGGACCAGACAUUGACGCCCACAAAGGAGGAUUUGAAAUGCCUAAAAUCAAAAUGCCAUCAUUUGGUUUCAAAGGUCCAAAAGUGGAGGGUCCAGAUGUUGAUAUUAACCUCCCAAAAGCUGAAAUUGACAUUAACGCCCCUGACUUGGAUAUCAAGGGAGCAGAUAUUGACAUAGACAGUCCAAGUGGUAAAAUCAGAGGACCUCAUUUCAAAAUGCCAAGCAUUACAGGACCAAAACUCUCCAUGCCAAAUGUGGAUUUCAACCUGAAAGGUCCUAAAAUUAAAGGCGAUAUGGAUAUGUCAGUGCCAAAGUUAACAGGAGACAUUAAAACACCUGAAGUUGACAUCAAAGGUCCAGACGUUGAUAUUGAAGGGCCGAAAGGUGGAUUUGAAAUGCCUAAAAUCAAAAUGCCAUCAUUUGGUUUCAAAGGUCCAAAAGUGGAGGGUCCAGAUGUUGAUAUUAACCUCCCAAAAGCUGAAAUUGACAUUAACGCCCCUGACUUGGAUAUCAAGGGACCAGAUAUUGACAUAGACAGUCCAAGUGGUAAAAUCAGAGGACCUUAUUUCAAAAUGCCAAGCAUUACAGGACCAAAACUCUCCAUGCCAAAUGUGGAUUUCAACCUGAAAGGUCCUAAAAUUAAAGGCGAUAUGGAUAUGUCAGUGCCAAAGUUAACAGGAGACAUUAAAACACCUGAAGUUGACAUCAAAGGUCCAGAAGUUGAUAUUGAAGGGCCGAAAGGUGGAUUUGAAAUGCCUAAAAUCAAAAUGCCAUCAUUUGGUUUCAAAGGUCCAAAAGUGGAGGGUCCAGAUGUUGAUAUUAACCUCCCAAAAGCUGAAAUUGACAUCAACGCCCCUGACUUGGAUAUCAAGGGACCAGAUAUUGACAUAGACAGUCCAAGUGGUAAAAUCAGAGGACCUCAUUUCAAAAUGCCAAGCAUUACAGGACCAAAACUCUCCAUGCCAAAUGUGGAUUUCAACCUGAAAGGUCCUAAAAUUAAAGGCGAUAUGGAUAUGUCAGUGCCAAAGUUAACAGGAGACAUUAAAACACCUGAAGUUGACAUCAAAGGUCCAGAAGUUGAUAUUGAAGGGCCGAAAGGUGGAUUUGAAAUGCCUAAAAUCAAAAUGCCAUCAUUUGGUUUCAAAGGUCCAAAAGUGGAGGGUCCAGAUGUUGAUAUUAACCUCCCAAAAGCUGAAAUUGACAUUAACGCCCCUGACUUGGAUAUCAAGGGACCAGAUAUUGACAUAGACAGUCCAAGUGGUAAAAUCAGAGGACCUCAUUUCAAAAUGCCAAGCAUUACAGGACCAAAACUCUCCAUGCCAAAUGUGGAUUUCAACCUGAAAGGUCCUAAAAUUAAAGCCGAUAUGGAUAUGUCAGUGCCAAAGUUAACAGGAGACAUUAAAACACCUGAAGUUGACAUCAAAGGUCCAGAAGUUGAUAUUGAAGGGCCGAAAGGUGGAUUUGAAAUGCCCAAAAUCAAAAUGCCAUCAUUUGGUUUCAAAGGUCCAAAAGUGGAGGGUCCAGAUGUUGAUAUUAACCUCCCAAAAGCUGAAAUUGAUAUUAACGCCCCUGACUUGGAUAUCAAAGGACCAAACUUUGACAUUGAGAGUCCAAGUGGUAAAAUCAAAGGACCCAAAUUCAAAAUGCCAAGCAUUUCUGGACCUAACCUUUCCAUGCCAGAUCUGGAUUUCAACCUGAGAGGUCCCAAAAUCAAAGGCGAUAUGGAUAUGUCAGGUCCAAAGAUAACAGGAGACAUAAAAACACCUGAAGUUGCCAUCAAAGGUCCAGAGUUUGAUAUUGAAGGGCUUAAGAGUGGAUUUGAAAUGCCUAAAAUCAAGAUGCCUUCCUUCAACAUUAAAGGUCCAACAAUGGAGACUCCAGAUGUUGACAUAACCCUUCACAAAGCUAACAUUGAUGUGAAAGCACCUGAAGUUAACAUCAAAGGUCCAGAGCUUGAUAUCAAAGGGCCUAAGGGACACUUUAGUGGGCCAAAUAUAAAGUUACCAAAAAUAUCGGGACCAAAAAUAUCUUUGCCAGAUGUUGACAUCAAUCUAAAGGGGCCAAAGUGGAAGGGUGAUAUGAAAGGGGAUGUUCAACUGCCAAAAACUGAACUUGAGGGACCAGACGUCACAAUUGACACGCCGGAAAUCGGCGCGAAGAAAACUAAAUUUAAAAUGCCGAAAUUUGGAUUUAAGAGCCCAAAGAUAAAGGCUCCAGAAACUGAUGUGGAAAUGCCAGAGGUUGAUAUUAAUCUUCCCAAAGCUGGCGCUGAAAUGAAAACUCCUGAUGUUGACAUUGAAGGACCUGAUGUUAAAAUUAAGGGAACAAAACUGAAAAUGCCUACAAUCUCAGGAUCAAAAAUGUCCAUGCCAGAUGUGGAUUUCAAUCUAAAAGGUCCCAAACUCAAAGGUGAUAUGGAUUUGUCAUCUCCAAAGAUUCAAGGAGACAUAUCAAUACCUGAAGUUGACAUCAAAGGUCCGGAGGUUGACAUUGAAGGGCCAAAAGGAGGAUUUGAAAUGCCUAAAAUCAAUAUGCCAUCAUGGAAUAUUAGAGGUCCAAAGAUGGAGGGUCCAGACGUUGAUAUAAACCUUCCCAAAGCCAACAUUGAUGUAAAAGCCCCUAAAGUUGACAUCAAAGGUCCACAGGUUAAUAUUGAAGGUCCAAAAGGUGGAUUUGAAAUACCUAAAAUCAAAAUGCCAUCAUUUGGCUUCAAAGGUCCAACAUUAGAGAGUCCAGAUUGUGAUAUACAACUUCCCAAGGCUGAUGUCGAUGUAACGGGACCUGAACUUGACAUCAAAGGACCAGACUUUGACAUUGAGAGUCCAAGUGGUAAAAUCAGAGGACCUCAUUUCAAAAUGCCAAGCAUUUCAAGACCAAAACUCUCCAUGCCAGAUCUGGAUUUACACCUGAAAGGUCCUAAAGUUAAAGGCGAUAUGGAUAUGUCAGUGCCAAAUAUAACAGGAGACAUUAAAAAACCUGAAGUUGACAUCAAAGGUCCAGAUGUUGAUAUAAACCUUCCCAAAGCUGACUUUGAUGUUAAAGCACCUGAUGUUGACAUUAAAGGAGCAAACUUUGAUAUUGAAGGUCCAAAGGGUGGAUUUGAAAUGCCUAAAAUCAAAAUGCCAUCAUUUGGUUUCAAGGGUCCAAAAGUGGAGGGUCCAGAUGUGGAUAUAAACCUUCCUAAAGCUAACAUUGAUGUGAAAGCAACUGACUUUGACAUCAAAUGUCCACAGGUUGAUAUCCAAGGUCCGAAAGGUGGAUUUGAAAUGCCUAAAAUCAAAAUGCCAUCAUUCGGCUUCAAAGGUCCAAAAGUGGAGGGUCCAGAUGUUGAUAUAAACCUUCCUAAAGCUGACUUUGAUGUUAAAGCACCUGACGUUGACAUUAAAGGACCAAACUUUGAUAUUGAAGGUCCUGAUGCAAAACUGAGAGGACCCAAAAUCAAACUGCCAUCAAUAUCAGGACCCAAGCUUCCACACUGGGAUGUGAGUCUGAAAGGGCCAAACAUAAAGGGAGAUGUUGAUGUGUCAGUUCCAAAGAUCGAAGGAGACAUAAAAGCUCCCAGGGUGGAUAUUGAAGGUCCAGACAUUGACAUUGACGGCCACAAAGGAGGAUUCAAAAUGCCUACAUUUAAAUUGCCAUCCUUUGGGAUGAAAGGUCCAAAUGUUGAAGGGCCAGAAGUAGAUGUCACACUCCCUAAAGCUGAAAUUGAUAUUAACGCACCCGACUUGGAUAUCAGAGGACCAGACAUUGACAUUGAGAGUCCAAGUGGUAAAAUCAGAGGACCUCAUUUCAAAAUGCCAACCAUUUCAGGACCAAAACUCUCCAUGCCAAAUGUGGAUUUCAGCCUGAAAGGUCCCAAAUUUAAAGGCGAUAUGGACAUGUCAGUACCAAAGAUAACAGGAGACAUUAAAACACCUGAAGUUGACAUCAAAGGUCCAGAAGUUGAUAUUAAAGGUCCAAAGGGUGGAUUUGAAAUGCCUAAAAUCAAAAUGCCAUCAUUUGGUUUCAAAGGUCCAAAAGUGGAGGGUCCAGAUGUGGAUAUAAACCUUCCUAAAGCUGACUUUGAUGUUAAAGCACCUGACGUUGACAUUAAAGGACCAAACUUUGAUAUUGAAGGUCCUGAUGCAAAACUGAGAGGACCCAAAAUCAAACUGCCAUCACUAUCAGGACCCAAGCUGCCACACUGGGAUGUGAGUCUGAAAGGGCCAAACAUAAAGGGAGAUGUUGAUGUGUCAGUUCCAAAGAUCGAAGGAGACAUAAAAGCUCCCAGGGUGGAUAUUGAAGGUCCAGACAUUGACAUUGACGGCCACAAAGGAGGAUUCAAAAUGCCUACAUUUAAAUUGCCAUCCUUUGGGAUGACAGGUCCAAAUGUUGAAGGGCCAGAAGUAGAUGUCACACUCCCUAAAGCUGAAAUUGAUAUUAACGCACCCGACUUGGAUAUCAGAGGACCAGACAUUGACAUUGAGAGUCCAAGUGGUAAAAUCAGAGGACCUCAUUUCAAAAUGCCAACUAUUUCAGGACCAAAACUCUCCAUGCCAAAUGUGGAUUUCAGCCUGAAAGGUCCCAAAUUUAAAGGCGAUAUGGAUAUGUCAGUGCCAAAGUUAACAGGAGACAUUAAAACACCUGAAGUUGACAUCAAAGGUCCAGAAGUCGAUAUUGAAGGGCCGAAAGGUGGAUUUGAAAUGCCAAAAUUCAAACUGCCAUCAUUUGGUUUCAAAGGUCCAAAAGUGGAGUGUCCAGAUGUUGAUAUUAACCUCCCAAAAGGUGAUAUUGACAUUAACACCCCUGACUUGGAUAUCAAAGGUCCAGACUUUGACAUUGAGGGUCCAAGUGGUAAAAUCAAAGGACCUAAUUUCAAAAUGCCAAGUAUUUCAGGACCAAAACUCUCCAUGCCAAAUGUGGAUUUCAACAUGAAAGGUCCUAAAAUUAAAGGCGAUAUGGAUAUGUCAGUGCCAAAGAUAACAGGAGACAUUAAAACACCUGAAGUUGACAUCAAAGGUCCAGAAGUUGAUAUUAAAGGUCCAAAGGGUGGAUUUGAAAUGCCUAAAAUCAAAAUGCCAUCAUUUGGUUUCAAAGGUCCAAAAGUGGAGGGUCCAGAUGUGGAUAUAAACCUUCCUAAAGCUGACUUUGAUGUUAAAGCACCUGACGUUGACAUUAAAGGACCACAGGUUGAUAUCGAAGGUCCGAAAGGUGGAUUUGAAAUGCCUAAAAUCAAAAUGCCAUCAUUCGGCUUCAAAAGUCCAAACGUGGAGGGUCCAGAUGUUGAUAUAAACCUUCCUAAAGCUGACUUUGAUGUUAAAGCACCUGACGUUGACAUUAAAGGACCAAACUUUGAUAUUGAAGGUCCUGAUGCAAAACUGGGAGGACCCAAAUUCAAACUGCCAUCAAUAUCAGGACCCAAGAUGCCACACUGGGAUGUGAGUCUGAAAGGGCCAAACAUAAAGGGAGAUGUUGAUGUGUCAGUUCCAAAGAUCAAAGGAGACAUAAAAGCUCCCAGGGUGGAUAUUGAAGGUCCAGACAUUGACAUUGACGGCCACAAAGGAGGAUUCAAAAUGCCUACAUUUAAAUUGCCAUCCUUUGGGAUGAAAGGUCCAAAUGUUGAAGGGCCAGAAGUAGAUGUCACACUCCCUAAAGCUGAAAUUGAUAUUAACGCACCCGACUUGGAUAUCAGAGGACCAGACAUUGACAUUGAGAGUCCAAGUGGUAAAAUCAGAGGACCUCAUUUCAAAAUGCCAACUAUUUCAGGACCAAAACUCUCCAUGCCAAAUGUGGAUUUCAGCCUGAAAGGUCCCAAAUUUAAAGGCGAUAUGGAUAUGUCAGUGCCAAAGUUAACAGGAGACAUUAAAACACCUGAAGUUGACAUCAAAGGUCCAGAAGUCGAUAUUGAAGGGCCGAAAGGUGGAUUUGAAAUGCCAAAAUUCAAAAUGCCAUCAUUUGGUUUCAAAGGUCCAAAAGUGGAGUGUCCAGAUGUUGAUAUUAACCUCCCAAAAGGUGAUAUUGACAUUAACACCCCUGACUUGGAUAUCAAAGGUCCAGACUUUGACAUUGAGGGUCCAAGUGGUAAAAUCAAAGGACCUCAUUUCAAAAUGCCAAGUAUUUCAGGACCAAAACUCUCCAUGCCAAAUGUGGAUUUCAACAUGAAAGGUCCUAAAAUUAAAGGCGAUAUGGAUAUGUCAGUGCCAAAGAUAACAGGAGACAUUAAAACACCUGAAGUUGACAUCAAAGGUCCAGAAGUUGAUAUUAAAGGUCCAAAGGGUGGAUUUGAAAUGCCUAAAAUCAAAAUGCCAUCAUUUGGUUUCAAAGGUCCAAAAGUGGAGGGUCCAGAUGUGGAUAUAAACCUUCCUAAAGCUGACUUUGAUGUUAAAGCACCUGACGUUGACAUUAAAGGACCACAGGUUGAUAUCGAAGGUCCGAAAGGUGGAUUUGAAAUGCCUAAAAUCAAAAUGCCAUCAUUCGGCUUCAAAGGUCCAAAAGUGGAGGGUCCAGAUGUUGAUAUAAACCUUCCUAAAGCUGACUUUGAUGUUAAAGCACCUGACGUUGACAUUAAAGGACCAAACUUUGAUAUUGAAGGUCCUGAUGCAAAACUGGGAGGACCCAAAUUCAAACUGCCAUCAAUAUCAGGACCCAAGAUGCCACACUGGGAUGUGAGUCUGAAAGGGCCAAACAUAAAGGGAGAUGUUGAUGUGUCAGUUCCAAAGAUCAAAGGAGACAUAAAAGCUCCCAGGGUGGAUAUUGAAGGUCCAGACAUUGACAUUGACGGCUACAAAGGAGGAUUGAAAAUGCCUACAUUUAAAAUGCCAUCCUUUGGGAUGAAAGGUACAAAUGUUGAAGGGCCAGAAGUAGAUGUCACACUCCCUAAAGCUGAAAUUGAUAUUAACGCACCCGACUUGGAUAUCAGAGGACCAGACAUUGACAUUGAGAGUUCAAGUGGUAAAAUCAGAGGACCUCAUUUCAAAAUGCCAACCAUUUCAGGACCAAAACUCUCCAUGCCAAAUGUGGAUUUCAAACUGAAAGGUCCCAAAGUUAAAGGCGAUAUGGAUAUGUCAGUGCCAAAGAUAAAAGGAGACUUUAAAACACCAGAAGUUGACAUCAAAGGUCCAGAAGUUGAUAUUGAAGGGCCAAAGGGUGGAUUUGAAAUGCCUAAAAUCAAAAUGCCAUCAUUUGGUUUUAAAAGUCCAAAAGUGGAUGGUUCAGAUGUUGAUUUUAACCUCCCAAAAGCUGGAAUUGAUAUUAACGCCCCUGACUUGGAUAUCAAAGGACCAGACUUUGACAUUCAGAGUCCAAGUGGUAAAAUCAGAGGACCUCAUUUCAAAAUGCCAAGCAUUUCAGGACCAAAUCUCUCCUUGCCAGAUGUGGAUUUCAACCUCAAAAGUCCCAAAAUGAAAGGCGAUAUGGAUAUGUCAGUGCCCAAGAUAAGAGGAGACUUUAAAACACCAGAAGUUGACAUCAAAGGUCCAGAAGUUGAUAUUGAAGGGCCGAAAGGGGGAUUUGAAAUGCCUAAAAUCAAAAUGCCAUCAUUUGGCUUCAAAGGUCCAAAAGUAGAGGGUCCAGAUGUUGAUAUAAACCUUCCCAAAGCGGACUUUAAUGUUAAAGGACCUGGCGUUGACAUUCAAGGACCAAACUUUGAUAUUGAAGGUCCUGAUGCAAAACUGAGAGGACCCAAAAUCAAACUGCCAUCAGUAUCAGGACCCAAGCUGCCACACUGGGAUGUGAGUCUGAAAGGGCCAAACAUAAAGGGAGAUGUUGAUGUGUCAGUUCCAAAGAUCGAAGGAGACAUAAAAGCUCCCAGGGUGGAUAUUGAAGGACCAGACAUUGACUUGGAAAGCCACAAAGGAAGAUUCAAAAUGCCAAAAUUUAAAUUGCCAUCAUUUGGGAUGAAAGGUCAUAAGGUGGAGGGUCCAGAUGUUGAUAUUAACCUCCCAAAAGCUGAUAUUGACAUGAAUGCCCCUGACUUGGAUAUCAAAGGACCAGACUUUGACAUUGAGGGUCCAAGUGGUAAAAUCAAAGGACCUCAUUUCAAAAUGCCAAGUAUUUCAGGACCAAAACUCUCCAUGCCAAAUGUGGAUUUCAACCUGAAAGGUCCUAAAAUUAAAGGCGAUAUGGAUAUGUCAAUGCCAAAGUUAACAGGAGACAUUAAAACACCUGAAGUUGACAUCAAAGGUCCAGAAGUUGAUAUUGAAGGGCCGAAAGGUGGAUUUGAAAUGCCAAAAUUCAAAAUGCCAUCAUUUGGUUUCAAAGGUCCAAAAGUAGAGUGUCCAGAUGUUGAUAUUAACCUCCCAAAAGCUGAUAUUGACAUUAACGCCCCUGACUUGGAUAUCAAAGGACCAGACUUUGACAUUGAGGGUCCAAGUGGUAAAAUCAAAGGACCUCAUUUCAAAAUGCCAAGUAUUUCAGGACCAAAACUCUCCAUGCCAAAUGUGGAUUUCAACCUGAAAGGUCCUAAAAUUAAAGGCGAUAUGGAUAUGUCAAUGCCAAAGUUAACAGGAGACAUUAAAACACCUGAAGUUGACAUCAAAGGUCCAGAAGUUGAUAUUGAAGGGCCGAAAGGUGGAUUUGAAAUGCCAAAAUUCAAAAUGCCAUCAUUUGGUUUCAAAGGUCCAAAAGUAGAGUGUCCAGAUGUUGAUAUUAACCUCCCAAAAGCUGAUAUUGACAUUAACGCCCCUGACUUGGAUAUCAAAGGACCAGACUUUGACAUUGAGAGUCCAAGUGGUAAAAUCAGAGGACCUCAUUUCAAAAUGCCAAGUAUUUCAGGACCAAAACUCUCCAUGCCAAAUGUGGAUUUCAACAUGAAAGGUCCUAAAAUUAAAGGCGAUAUGGAUAUGUCAGUGCCAAAGAUAACAGGAGACAUUAAAACACCUGAAGUUGACAUCAAAGGUCCAGAAGUUGAUAUUGAAGGGCCGAAAGGUGGAUUUGAAAUGCCAAAAUUCAAACUGCCAUCAUUUGGUUUCAAAGGUCCAAAAGUGGACUAUCCAGAUGUUGAUAUUAACCUCCCAAAAGCUGAUAUUGACAUUAACGCCCCUGACUUGGAUAUCAAAGGUCCAGACUUUGACAUUGAGGGUCCAAGUGGUAAAAUCAGAGGACCUAAUUUCAAAAUGCCAAGUAUUACAGGACCAAAACUCUCCAUGCCAAAUGUGGAUUUCAACCUGAAAGGUCCUACAAUUAAAGGCGAUAUGGAUAUGUCAGUGCCAAAGAUAACAGGAGACAUUAAAACACCUGAAGUUGACAUCAAAGGUCCAGAAGUUGAUAUUGAAGGGCCGAAAGGUGGAUUUGAAAUGCCUAAAUUCAAAAUGCCAUCAUUUGGUUUCAAAGGUCCAAAAGUGGACUGUCCAGAUGUUGAUAUUAACCUCCCAAAAGCUGAUAUUGACAUUAACGCCCCUGACUUGGAUAUCAAAGGACCAGACUUUGACAUUGAGGGUUCAAGUGGUAAAAUCAGAGGACCUAAUUUCAAAAUGCCAAGUAUUUCAGGACCAAAACUCUCCAUGCCAAAUGUGGAUUUCAACCUGAAAGGUCCUAAAAUUAAAGGCGAUAUGGAUGUGUCAGUGCCAAAGAUAACAGGAGACAUUAAAACACCUGAAGUUGACAUCAAAGGUCCAGAAGUUGAUAUUGAAGGGCCGAAAGGUGGAUUUGAAAUGCCAAAAUUCAAACUGCCAUCAUUUGGUUUCAAAGGUCCAAAAGUGGACUGUCCAGAUGUUGAUAUUAACCUCCCAAAAGGUGAUAUUGACAUUAACACCCCUGACUUGGAUAUCAAAGGUCCAGACUUUGACAUUGAGGGUCCAAGUGGUAAAAUCAAAGGACCUAAUUUCAAAAUGCCAAGUAUUACAGGACCAAAACUCUCCAUGCCAAAUGUGGAUUUCAACCUGAAAGGUCCUAAAAUUAAAGGCGAUAUGGAUAUGUCAGUGCCAAAGUUAACAGGAGACAUUAAAACACCUGAAGUUGGUAUCAAAGGUCCAGAAGUCGAUAUUGAAGGGCCGAAAGGUGGAUUUGAAAUGCCAAAAUUCAAACUGCCAUCAUUUGGUUUCAAAGGUCCAAAAGUGGACUGUCCAGAUGUUGAUAUUAACCUCCCAAAAGCUGAUAUUGACAUGAAUGCCCCUGACUUGGAUAUCAAAGGACCAGACUUUGACAUUGAGGGUCCAAGUGGUAAAAUCAAAGGACCUCAUUUCAAAAUGCCAAGUAUUUCAGGACCAAAACUCUCCAUGCCAAAUGUGGAUUUCAACAUGAAAGGUCCUAAAAUUAAAGGCGAUAUGGAUAUGUCAGUGCCAAAGAUAACAGGAGACAUUAAAACACCUGAAGUUGACAUCAAAGGUCCAGAAGUUGAUAUUGAAGGGCCGAAAGGUGGAUUUGAAAUGCCAAAAUUCAAAAUGCCAUCAUUUGGUUUCAAAGGUCCAAAAGUGGACUGUCCAGAUGUUGAUAUUAACCUCCCAAAAGCAGAUAUUGACAUUAACGCCCCUGACUUGGAUAUCAAAGGACCAGACUUUGACAUUGAGGGUCCAAGUGGUAAAAUCAAAGGACCUCAUUUCAAAAUGCCAAGUAUUUCAGGACCAAAACUCUCCAUGCCAAAUGUGGAUUUCAACAUGAAAGGUCCUAAAAUUAAAGGCGAUAUGGAUAUGUCAGUGCCAAAGAUAACAGGAGACAUUAAAACACCUGAAGUUGACAUCAAAGGUCCAGAAGUUGAUAUUGAAGGGCCGAAAGGUGGAUUUGAAAUGCCAAAAUUCAAACUGCCAUCAUUUGGUUUCAAAGGUCCAAAAGUAGACUGUCCAGAUGUUGAUAUUAACCUCCCAAAAGGGGAUAUUGACAUUAACACCCCUGACUUGGAUAUCAAAGGUCCAGACUUUGACAUUGAGGGUCCAAGUGGUAAAAUCAAAGGACCUAAUUUCAAAAUGCCAAGUAUUUCAGGACCAAAACUCUCCAUGCCAAAUGUGGAUUUCAACCUGAAAGGUCCUAAAAUUAAAGGCGAUAUGGAUAUGUCAGUGCCAAAGUUAACAGGAGACAUUAAAACACCUGAAGUUGACAUCAAAGGUCCAGAAGUUGAUAUUGAAGGGCCGAAAGGUGGAUUUGAAAUGCCAAAAUUCAAAAUGCCAUCAUUUGGUUUCAAAGGUCCAAAAGUAGAGUGUCCAGAUGUUGAUAUUAACCUCCCAAAAGCUGAUAUUGACAUUAACGCCCCUGACUUGGAUAUCAAAGGACCAGACUUUGACAUUGAGGGUCCAAGUGGUAAAAUCAAAGGACCUAAUUUCAAAAUGCCAAGUAUUACAGGACCAAAACUCUCCAUGCCAAAUGUGGAUUUCAACCUGAAAGGUCCUAAAAUUAAAGGCGAUAUGGAUAUGUCAGUGCCAAAGAUAACAGGAGACAUUAAAACACCUGAAGUUGACAUCAAAGGUCCAGAAGUUGAUAUUGAAGGGCCGAAAGGUGGAUUUGAAAUGCCAACAUUCAAAAUGCCAUCAUUUGGUUUCAAAGGUACAAAAGUGGAGUGUCCAGAUGUUGAUAUUAACCUCCCAAAAGCUGAUAUUGACAUUAACGCCCCUGACUUGGAUAUCAAAGGACCAGACUUUGACAUUGAGGGUCCAAGUGGUAAAUUCAGAGGACCUAAUUUCAAAAUGCCAAGUAUUUCAGGACCAAAACUCUCCAUGCCAAAUGUGGAUUUCAACAUGAAAGGUCCUAAAAUUAAAGGCGAUAUGGAUAUGUCAGUGCCAAAGAUAACAGGAGACAUUAAAACACCUGAAGUUGACAUCAAAGGUCCAGAUGUUGAUAUUGAAGGGCCGAAAGGUGGAUUUGAAAUGCCAAAAUUCAAACUGCCAUCAUUUGGUUUCAAAGGUCCAAAAGUGGACUGUCCAGAUGUUGAUAUUAACCUCCCAAAAGCUGAUAUUGACAUUAACGCCCCUGACUUGGAUAUCAAAGGACCAGACUUUGACAUUGAGGGUCCAAGUGGUAAAAUCAGAGGACCUAAUUUCAAAAUGCCAAGUAUUUCAGGACCAAAACUCUCCAUGCCAGAAUUGGAUUUCAACCUGAAAGGUCAUAAAAUGAAAGGCGAUAUGGAUGUGUCAGUGCCAAAGAUAACAGGAGACAUAAAAAUACCUGAAGUUGACAUCAAAGGUCGACAGGUUGAUAUCGAAGGUCCGAAAGGUGUAUUUGAAAUGCCUAAAAUGAAAAUGCCAUCAUGGAACAUUAAAGGUCCAAAGAUUGAGGGUCCAGAUGUUGAUAUAAACCUUCCCAAAGGUAACAUUGAUGUUAAAGCACCGGAUGUUAACAUUAAAGGACCAGACUUUGAUUUUGAAUGUCCUGACGCAAAACUUAAAGGACCAAAAUUCAACAUCCCAGAUAUGGAUUUCAAUCUGAGAGGUCCCACACUCAAAGGUGAUGUUGCUGUAUCAGUGCCAAAGAUAGAGGGAGACAUAAAAACACCUGCCUUUGACAUUAAAUGUCCAGAGGUUGAUUUAAAGGGGCCUAAGGGUGGAUUUGAAAUACCUAAAAUGACAAUGCCAUCAUUUAACAUCAAAGGUCCAAAAGUGGAGGGUUCAGAUGUUGAUAUCAAAGUAAAAGGGCCAAAAGUCAAAGGAAAGAUAGAUGCUUCCUUGCCCAAAUGGGAUGCAGAUAUCAAAGGUCCAAAUGCUAACAUUGCAAUUCCCACCAUCACUAUGGAAGGUGCGUCUAUUGAUCCUGUAAAGACAGGAAUUACAUUUCCCAAGUUCAAAGGUCCUAAGUUUGCAAUGAAAUCCCCAGAAGUAAGUCUCCCAGAUAGUGAAGCAAGUCUUGAUGCCCCUGACAUUAAUAUCAACUUAAAGGGGAAAAAAGGGAAAUUCAAACUUCCUAAAGUGAAAGGAAAGGCAAAGAAACCUGAUGUUGACAUAGAAACACCAGCAGUAGACCUGGAUUUAGACCCAGCCAAUAUUCAUGUCAAAGGAACAAAAGUAAAGAAGCCUCGUUUUGGUAAGCUUCAUUUUCCUGAUGUGGAAUUAGACAUCAAAUCUCCAAAAUUGAAAGGUGAUGGAUCUUUAUCUGAGGGAUUCAAAUCUGACAUAGAUUUUCCAUCUGCUAGCUUGAACACCGCUAUUGAAGGUUCUGGUAUUGACAGUCCAAAUGUUCAUUUGGGAGGGACAGAUGUGAAAAUCAAGACUCCAAAUAUUAAAAUGCCAAAUGUGAAUGUGUCCACUCCUGAUAUUGAUGCAAAUCUGAACAGACAAGGAGAGGCAACCAUGUUUGCAGGUUUUAAAGAACCAAAAAUAAAUGUGAAAGGUGGUGCAGAGAUUGAUGCAAGUGCUUCAGGGGGCAGAGCAAGCGGUGGCCUUCAUUACCCAGAAGGUACUGUAACAUUUCCCAAAAUCAAGGUACCAAAAUUUGGUAUUGCUCUGCCUCAGUUGGAAGGCCAGGGAGGUGGAGGAAAUGUUGACUCAGCUAGUGGAGGCAUAAACAUACAGUCACCAUCUGUUAGUUGCCAAGUCAGUUCACAAAAUAUUGAGGUUCCCAGUCCAGAACUGAGGCACAGAGAAGGCAAAGUAAAGGUAAAGAUGCCAAAAUUGUUUGGCAAAUCAAAAGCAAAGGGCAGUAGUGCAGGUGACCUUCGUGGACCAGAGUUAGAAUUGAGUACAAGUGGAAAAGGUGGUAAGGUACAUACUGGGGAAUUGAUGGGUGGAAAAUUAGAAUUAGAGGGUGAUCCUGGGCUCAGUGUGUCAUCUAAGGGAAAGUCAGCCUCACUGGAUCUAUUUAAGAAAUCAAGGCAUCGGUCUUCUUCUCUGAGUGAUGAGGGGGGGCUUGCAGUAAGUUCUCCUUCAGGUCACUUAGAAGCUGAGGGUGGCGACAUUUCAUUAGACCUAGGAGAAAGCAAGGUUAAAGGAAAGAAAGGCAAGUUGAAGUUUGGCACCUUCGGAGGUUUUGGUUCAAAGUCAAAGGGCUCAUAUGAAGUGUCACUUGGUGGGGAAGGUGAAGCAGGUGCAGGUGUUUCUCUACCCUCUAAAAAAUCGAGAUUGUCUUCAUCUUCCAGCAGUGACAGUGGUUCAAGAGGUGGUUUCAGGUUCCCAAGACUUGAACUAUCUGUUUCACCAAAAAAAUGAUUAUUAUGAGAUAAAUUAAACUCUCUCAUGUACACCAAAAUAGAUUCUUCUAAUAUGGCAAAUUCUUCAAUCUAUAGAUCUUUAAAACCUAAGUGGACGUACACAGUCAUCUCAAUAUGGUAAACUAUGAGUAAUUAUUUUUUUCAGUAAUUAGACAAGAGGGCAUGCGAUUGUUUAAAAUCCCUUAUAACUGUAAAUAAGAUUAAUUUGUAUUUUAAUAAUAAAUAUUGUUUUUUUUGUACAUAGUCCAGAUUUAUUGAACAUAUGCCAUCUCACCAAAUUUUCACAAAUAGUUUAUUACAGGGUUGUUAUUUUGUCCUAUUUCAUUCUAUUAAAUGAAUGUUAUUAAUGAAUGGGUGUGGUAUAUUUUUUAUCCGGGGGUCUAUUGCACAGAACAGAUAGUUACAAUUGUUAUUAUUUGAAGGAAAAUGUUGUUCAUACACCUAGACAUAGAUAUAAACAGAUAUCAGAUUUUGUGUAUUAAAUGAUUUAAUUUUCAAGCUUUGAUAUGAUAUAAUCAAUGCAGCAGCAUAUUUAGGCAACAUAGAGCUGGCCCUUUGUAACACAUUCUAAAGAGUAAUGGUGUUGUAUAUACCGUAAUUGCAAAGACAAUCAAUGUUUGGAAACUACCAACUCUCUGAAGUGCUGGCAGUACUAUUCUGUUCUAUUUUUAAAGAAACUUUAGUCAACCUCUGAUUCUGUGCCAUUUACAAAAAGUAUGCAUUGUUUCAUUUGUUUUAAACAUAUUUUGCUUCCUAAUCAUGUGUCAUUUUCAUUCUUAUCUGUUUUAUGAUCCUCUGUAUUUUAUUUUCUGUCACUCUCUCUUUGUACACACAACUAAUGAUUAUGUAAAAAAUGUCACAAAUAAACUCACUUUUUGAUUGCAAACAAAAUAUGUGUGAUAGAGAGUUGUUUAAGAGCAUGAUACUUUGGGUCUAUUCUUUUGUGUGAAUUCUGCCAAAUAAACUAAAUAAAAACAU